GUGCAAUCAUCGUUGAGAGACUACCGCUUAUCUAGCUGAUCAAAAAACCAGGUUGCUUGAACUCGCACAACAAACCAGUGACAGUUCGUUCUCGACUCCAACGUCUUCGUCGUUAUUCCCGUCCCACCAUCAUAUCAACACCACCAUGUCAUCCAGCACGCACGGGGACAAGGAGCCCACAGAGGGCCGCGGUGACCCCGAGUACGGCUCAAACGGCUUCGACAAUAACAGCAAUCCCAGAGACAACCCAAGCAGUAGCGCAACCGGGGUAAGUCCUUCCAAUCCCAUUCUCCACCUAUUCAUCGCCUGACAAACACUUUCCAGCCCUCGCACACUCGCUUGAAGAGAGGCCCCCCCCUUUGCGUGUGCACUCAAGGAUGCAUCAACGGCCAUUGCUGGUGCUUCAGGAGGCGUGCUGGCUGCGGCGAUCUUUGCAUGUGCAAGGACUGUCUGAACCAAUUCAACACGGAGGCUGAGUCCUCAAGCCACAGAGAAUCCAAAGUAUGUCCUUUCAUUCCUAGUUUCUAUUUUCAUCCAUAUUCUCCAUUUGUUCAUCACCUGACAAACAUUCCCCAGCCCUUGCGCGAUCCUUUGACCAGAGACGACCGCUCUUGCUCGUGCACUGCGGCAUGCAGCAACGGCCGUUGCGGCUGCUUCAGGAGGGGUGCUGGCUGCGGCGGCAAUGCUUGCCGUUGCACGGACUGUCUGAACCCCUUCAAUACUCAAGCUCAGUUCUUUGGGGGGGACGGCUUUCGCGCUUCAAGUUGCUUUGUAGAUUGGGUCAAGCGGCAGCCGUGCGGUGAGGUCGAUUUCGCAGAUCCAGCGUUCAUCGAGGAUAUGCGGCGCUUGAUAUUCGACCGUGUAGUAGGCGACCAGACUACGCCGUCCCCAUUCUAUUUCGAUAGCUCCGACGGAGGCCUCCGGGAGCUCGAGAGGGCAUGGACCGCGGCUGUCACGGAUGCCGAAAAGGACCUAAUUGUACGAAAGAUGUUCAGGGCCGGAUUGGCAAUGGGCAGUAAAAAUUGGUUUUAUUUCUCGUUCUGCUCCAAGGGGUUCCGGGGAGAGUGGGUACUGAAAGAUGACUUGGCCCAUUGCUCCGUCUGCGCGAGAUGCGAUUCGCACGAUCACUCGUGCCAUUAGAUGGACUGCGAGGGGGCGUGGACGGGGUCAUAGGGCUGAAUGGCUACCAGUUGAGUCUGCUUCGAAGGCUAUCAUGCUCGAUACAGUGACUUGCUAAAAGCCCAGGCACGUUUGGUCACCACCGUUGGAGGUGCUUCGGCGGACUUUAAAAGCUUUGAUAAGAUGUAAACUCCCGGAGAGCUCGAAUCAGAGAAGCUGCACACGCUGACAGUCCGCGUGCUUGCCGCUCUUUGUGGUGCUUCAGCACCUCAAGACAAAUCGGGAUGAGAUGAAAAAGACGGCGUGCUCAAACUUGUGUCCUAGUACUGCAACAUCAUUGAAUCUACACUUCAUGACCUACAGUGCUCUAAUUAUUCCCAGGGCCCAGGGAUUGGAGCCAUAGGAAGCGGUACCCGCGUGCCUACCCACCUCCUUUCGCCACCCUGCACUACCCUAUCGAGUCCUCAAGCCUACG